AUGGAGUCUGAUGCGCUAGAUACGAAGCUAACGCAGCUUGAAAUUACGGUCCAGAGAACAGAGUUUGUGUUGACUUCUGCACGACGAGAACAAAUCAAACGGCACUUAGAAGCAUUGGAAGCGAUUUCACGUGAAACUGAUGAAUGUAAACGAGCCGUAGAACUCAAGAAAAUCGCAAAUAAGGAAGAGUUAUCCGAGAUAAACAAAUGGCAUGACGAAAUUGACGAGAAAUUAAAUAAAGCCGAUAUCGAAAUAAGUCGUCUCGAAGGGUGGCUCAACGACAAGGAGAAACAUGAGAAAUUUUCUGCACAAGAAGAACAGCUGAAAUUCGAACUAAAGCUACACGAAACAAAGUUGAAGUUACAAACAGAAUUGACAACAAAUGCAUCGCCAGACACGUCCAAUACGACUACAAUCACA